CCCUCCACCGCAUAGAGUGACCUACCUACCAAACCCGUUGUAAAGAUGAGCACCGAAGAGGUCGUCGCCGUGGAGGAGCAGGAGAUCCCGGACGUGAUCGAGCGUCUGCCCAAGCCCGACAAGGCCGAGCAUGAGGCCAAAAUCUCUGCGCUAGAUGGCGCCAUUAAGAAGCUCCAGGCGCGCACCAAUGUAAUCCGCGCCGAGAUGGAUGCACUCAAGACGAACCGCGGCGGCUACGGCGGCCAGAUUCAGGAGGCCAAGGCCAAAUUCGCGGCUCUGCGUGCUGAGAAGGACAACCUUUUUCAGCAGCGCAACCAGAUCACGGCCCGUCUGCGUCAGACCCGCGACGAGAAGGACUCGACUAUCAAGCAGCAGCGCAGUGUGCGUGCCAACCUCAAGUACGGCUCUGUUGCCGAGUUCGACGCUGCUAUCGCCGAGCUUAAGCACAAGCAGGAGACCAGCUCCAUGUCUUUGAACGAGGAGAAGCGCGUGAUCAAGGAGAUCGAGCAGCUGCAAGCUCAGAAGCAGCAGGUCAGCGGCUUCUCGGACGACCAAGGAGUCGUGGAGAAGCAGAACGAGAGCAUCAAGGAGAUUCGCGCGCUUCAGACCAAGAAGAACGAGGAGAUUGACGCCAUUCAGGAGAAGCUGAACGAGCAGAAGCAGGCGCUGGACGAGCUCUACCGUCUCAACGAGGAGGAGAACAAGAAGGACAAGUUCCCUGCGCUCGCUAAGGAGCGUAAGGAGAUCAAGGAGCAGCUGGACGAGAAAUUUACGGCUAUUAAGACUCUGCGUAAGGAGUUCAAGGAAGCCAACGACAAGUACUACAACAACAUCCGUCUUGUGCGUAAGAAGAAGGAGCUGGAGCGUCAGAAGGAGGAGGAGGCUCGCAAGGCCGAGUACGAGGCCAAACUGGCGGAUUACGAGAAGGAAAUGGCCAAGAUCCACCCGUACCAGGACGAGAUGGACCUCUGUGACGCCCUUGUGAGUUUCUUGGAGAAGACGUACGCAAAGGAGCUCAAGGAGGAGCAGGACGAGAAGGCUGCUGAGACCACGGCCGCUCCUCUUGAGCUGGACGGUAUGAAGCCUCUGCAGCGGAAGGAAGAGGACUUUAUGAUGCUUGGAGGAGGCAAGAAGGGCAAGAAGGGCCGCAACGGCAAGAAGACCAAGAAGGCGUCCAAGCUGGUGCUGCCUCUGGCUCAGAUGGAGGCGUUCAGCACCAUUGGCCUGCUGCCUCCUGCAUCUGCUGCUGCUGUCUCGGAGUCUUUGGCUGCUGUGAAGACCAAGAAGGUCUGGUUCAACGAGCAGACGUCUCGUCCGAAGGCUGGCAAGGUCGUUGAGCCUGCUGCUGAAGCUGCUCCUGCCAAGGUCGUGUCUCCGAAGAAGAAGAGCAGCAAGAACAACAAGUUCAACGCCAGUGACAAGGACGCCUUCCCGUCGCUCGGUGGUGUCGCUGCUGAGCUCCCGUCGUGGGGUCCGGGUAUGGCUCCCGCUGUCGCUGAGUCUGCUGUCGCCGCUGAGUUCGCUGAGGCCGACGUCGUGACGGAGAGCGAGUAAAAGCCUCAAGGUCUUGAGCUCAUCUGGACAGAACAGAACGGAUCCAAACACGUAGAAAACAAGAGCGACGCUGACUUGUUCGCCAAGGAAGCACUCGAGGCGUCACUUGCGUGUCUGCUUCCAACUCAGGUAGUAAUACAGUAGAUACUUCCAACGUUUCAUCACGUACUGUUAUCGACCUCCGCAAAGAGCUGCUGCAUUCGCUCGUUCUUGAGCUUCUCGCUGGUCAGCAUUAUCUGCAGCAAUUGGUCGGCCAGUCGGUCCUUGAACAACUGCGUUUCCUCCACCUCAACACGCGCCAGUUGAGCGUCACGUUGGAGUCUUCUGGUU